AUAAUUGUAAAACACGGUCCUAUGGCAAAAAGGCUCUGUAACAAGGACCCUUAUACAGCUCUCCAUAUGACGUUCCUUAAUCAAGUGUUUCCAAAAAGCAAACAUAUCCUGAUGAUCCGCGAUGCUCGCGCUAUUAUUCACUCCAUAAUUGAGAGGAAAGUCCCUGUUUAUGGAUAUAAUCAUUCAGAUCAUCGGGUGAUGUUUCCAAAAAGCAAACAUAUCCUGAUGAUCCGCGAUGCUCGCGCUAUUAUUCACUCCAUAGUUGAGAGAAAAGUCCCUGUUUAUGGAUAUAAUCAUUCAAAUCAUCGGGUAUUCUACGAACGUCUCGUUCAACGAACAAAAGAAGAAGCCCUACGUAUUUUAAAAUUUCUGAAUAUACCUUGGUCAGACGAUGUGCUGCGACAUUAUGAGAAGAUUGGGAAAAAA